CGCAUCAAUAGAUCUUCUAAUGUACAUCCAGUCGGCCAGCAGCUUCGCGACUGAUGGGACUUUUACCUCGCUCGUUUCUUUCAUAUUUCGCCACCCGGACAUGAGGAGAAUGGAGAGACGGACUAUGCAGUAUGAGGAAUGUCACAUGUGACUGCCGAUAUGGGACAGGGGACUAUUCAAAUGUCAGAUGACCCUUCCCUGCAAUUCACAUGUAUGUUAAUAUUACUACAGUUACAUAACAGUUAUUGUCCUUGAAAAUCGAUCGCAAAGGAAGUGACACUGGAUUCAUGGAGUCACUUGAAACUACUGCAGGGGUAAAAAGCUCCACUGAGGGUCAGGACAGAAAUGCUGCACAGAAAAAAUGCACAUCGGAGGUUGCACAGAGUAGGCGGAGACCACCAGUCGAAUUGGAAGCCAAAGGGUGGCACCAACAACUAGAAGAAGCUCAGAGCAAAGAUACAUGUGGUUUCAAAGAAAUGUCUGACUCAGGGAAAUCGCUGCAAUUAGAAGAUCAGCACCCUCAAGCCCAGUCCACAAGCCAUCCAGACUAUGAGGUAUCUUCAUACCCACUACAGUCCACAAAGCAGUUUUCUAGUGGCAGACAGAAAGCUUCUACACAGUCCCCAGCACUCACAUCUCACAGGAAGUCCCCCAGCUCACCUGAAGUCCAACAACAAUGUUCAAAUUCAGGGAUGGAUCCACUUACAGAAACGGUGUGCAAGGUGGAACAGAAACCACAAAAGCCUGGGAAGUAUGUUUGCGAUUACUGCGGAAGGGCAUGUGCCAAACCCAGCGUGCUUAAGAAACAUAUUCGCUCGCACACAGGGGAACGACCCUACCCAUGUGUUCCCUGUGGGUUCUCCUUCAAAACCAAGAGUAAUUUGUACAAACACAGAAAGUCUCAUGCUCACUCAGUCAAAGCUGGAACGGUGCCAUUCUCAGAACUCGGUUCGUACAAUGCCAAUACAGACCAAGGGUCUUUUGAAGGGGAAGGAGAGCUGUUCUCUGAUGCUGAGCAAAGCACAGACACGGACGAGGACACUCUUAAUGACCCGCUGCUGCUGCUGGACUCUCCAAUGGAGGGAUCAGAUAACACUGCUGUAAAAGUACUAAAUCUCAUUGCUCAGAAAAAGGGAGCCACGUCAAUGUCAGCUCAGGAUGGUUCAUCCCAACCCCAAGAAAUCAAUGCACCUUCUGCUGCUGCCGAGGCUAGUCGUGCAAUUCAAUCUUGCACAAUCAAACAGAGGCUGGCACUCCGGCUGUCUGAAAAAAGAAGCAGUGACUCUGACCACAAUCUGUCCCUCCCAAGUCAGUCUAGCAAGGGCAGCACGGACUCCGGGUACUUCUCUCGCUCUGAGAGUGCUGAGCACCAGACCGGCCCUCCGAACACUAACGCAAAGUCCUACCAAGAAAUUAUGUUUGGAAAGUGUUAUCGGCCAAGCCCUAAGCAGGCAACAGCUUUUGCGGCUUGUAGCACAGACACGAGUGAAUAUACCGGCAAACGCUCAGAGAAAGGCGUCUCCCGUGUUUUCACCCAAGAAAAAGACACAGUUGAAUCAAUCAAAAUAAACACAAAAUCGUUCACAAGGGAAGAGGUAAAAGAACCCCUAUUAGAUGCUGGCUCUGAUGUGGGGCCUCUGAUCAGAAGCAACUCAAUGCCAACAUCCUCAGCAGUCUGUCUGACUAUGCCUCAAGCACUCAGAGGCAGUCACUCGUUUGAUGAGAGAACAAGCACCGGCGGCAUGAGGAGACUCAGGCGGCAAGCCGCUUUCGAACUAUCCGCGCAAGAUGGCCAUACUGACACUGACAGUCACGGAAAGAUUAGUGAGAGUGGCAUUUCACCCUCAGGACUGGAAAUGGAAAACUACCCUUCUGUGGUGCCUAGUAUGAGCCAUCAGAGGCAUGCGAUGGAACUGGCAACGCGCAAGCGUCGGAAGGAAAAAAGGGAAGAGGAGGAUUUGUCGGGUCAAUAUGAAGGCCAUCAUGAACCGUGUGAGGAGAUGUUUGAUUCAAGCAAGGACUAUGAUGUAAAACAAGGCGCACUGGGCAUUAUGGCUUUACGGAAAGGCCAUUCACAGAUGGACAGGUGUGACAUGGACAUAUCGGUGUGCCCUGAAGUGUCUGCUCGAAAAAACUUAGGGAAUGUAAUAUCAGUUAUCCAGCACACAAACUCAAUAAACAGGCCUUACUCUGAACAUUCAGAAUCUUACAAAUAUCAAGCUAUGGAGGCCUCUGAAUCAUAUGAGAUGGAGCGAAGUGACAGUAGAUUAAGGGAGUCGGUUCAAUUGGGGCCCAAGCUCGUGCGGCAGUCUAACAUACAAGUCCCAGAAAUUAGAGUCACAGUAGAGCCUGACAGUCCAGAAAAAGCUCCUGAGGUGCAGGUGAAGGAGCCAGAGAAGCACGUGGAGGAGUUUCAGUGGCCUCAAAGGAGUGAAACUUUAGCACAAUUCCCUCCAGAAAAACUCCCUCCAAAGAAAAAAAGGCUACGCUUAGCUGAUAUUGAGCACUCCUCUGGUGAAUCUAGCUUUGAGUCCGCCUGCACUAGCCUGUCCCGCAGCCCCAGUCAAGACAGCAACUUAUCUUACAGCUCCACCUUAUCGUUUGACAGGGAAGAGAGCUUGAAGUCGGUCUCUCCAGCCAGGCAGGAUGAAUUUGGCAAACCAUUAGAGUUGUUAGCUGUGCCAGGGAGUGGGCACUCCCUCUCAGUGCUCAACCAGCGUCAACAACAUGAAAUGAGACGCUCCUCCUCAGAGCAGGCGCCGUGUAACUUGCGCAAAGAGUUCCCAGAGGUGCGCAGCAUAUCAUUUGACUAUGGCAGUCUUUCUCCAACAUCCAAAGUUAGACACGUGGACAUAAACUCUGUGAAGGAGAGAAGAAGGGGAAACUUAGUGCGGCAGGAGUCACUGAAUAUGGAUAGUGAAGUAACACAAGUCCCAUCACAAGUGUUUCCACAGUAUCUCAGCAGCAUCUCCCCUUCAUUCACUGCCGCCACUAUCCUGCCGCAGACUUUGCCAAUAUUCUCAGCUGGGAGUACAUUUCCUCAGCUUGCACAUCCGAGCCUGAUGGUUCCCGUAAGAAUUCAGACUCAUGUUCCAUCCUACGGUAGUAUCACAUACACCUCAGUGUCGCAGAUUUUUGACAAUCACUAUGACAGUGUUAGCUCCACUACGUCCACCCUUCAGAGUCAGAGUUCAAGAAUUUCUGGGAAUCUUGAUUCUCAUAACAUAUCGGCUCAUACAAAACCACCUACAACACACACCCUCAAUGUUGAGGCCCUUGAUUUGUCCUCAGCUAAGCUCAAGACAGGCAUCCCUCUCUCUCUGACCUCCAGAACUAUCUCAACCACUAAUGCCUCCAGUGGUGGCGCAAACAAACGGAUGCUAUCCCCUGCCAGCAGCCUGGACCUAUUCAUGGAGGUCAAGCAGCAAAAGCGUGUGAAAGAGGAGAGGAUGUUUGGGCAGAUUGUAGAGGAACUGAGUGCGGUGGAGUUGGGAAAAUGUAAUUUGAGUGAAGAGAAGGGGCACAGGUCAGGGAUGCAGGGUGCACCAACACCUCAUGCUCAGAAUGACUCACGCAGGAGUAAAUUUAUCACACUUCAGCAAAAAGAGGCCGAGGCCACGGACCACGGCGCAGAGUCAGUAAUGGAAAGCAGCUCCCUGGAUGCAAGCUCGCCUCCUUACGCCAUGAUAUCAGUCAGUGAAGUGAAAGAAGCUGGCACGGAGAAACGAGUGCAGAUGGAUAUAGUGGCACAGCUGGUAACCAGUCAAGACAUCCUGAUGUCAGACUCUGAGCAUUCAGGACUGUUAUCUCAGUUUCCAAGUCUUCGCACGACGACAGGUGUGAGCUGGUGUUAUCUCAAUUACACCACACCGAGCUGCUCUCACAGCACCGCCCCUUUUUCAUCUGUGUACGCCACCUGGCGUGUGAGUUCCCAUAACCCGAACCCUCUUGAAGUGAGCACCAGCGCUGCUCUGGCUUUGCUGCAGUCCAGACAGAGGGGAGACAAGGUUAUAUACACCAUGGCUGCCAUGUGCCAGCCUGGUACAGGGAAACUGGUCUCAUCACUCAUCCUGUGGAGGCAGACCAUGGAACAGCUGCAGAGGAAACCGGAGCCCAAAGAGGUGGACGUCACCUACGGGAAGAAGGUGAAAGACAUCAGCUGCAGAGUGAAAACUGCCAAGGAAGAGUGGAAAGAGAGGGAGGCUGCCACAACCCAGACUGUGCCAACACGAAUAAAGAUCUUUGAAGGAGGGUACAAAUCCAAUGAAGACUAUGUAUAUGUUAGAGGUCGAGGCCGGGGUAAAUACAUAUGUGAGGAGUGUGGUAUUCGCUGUAAGAAGCCAAGCAUGCUGAAAAAACAUAUCAGGACCCAUACGGAUGUGCGGCCGUAUAUCUGCAGGGUUUGCAACUUUGCUUUUAAAACUAAAGGAAACCUAACUAAACACAUGAAGUCAAAAGCGCACAUGAAGAAGUGUCUUGAACUGGGAGUGUCAGUGACGAUGGAUGAGACAGAGAUACAGGAACAUGUGGACGACAUGCAACAAAAGUCCAAGACAGAGGUGGCUGCGACGACCAAACAUCAGUUCUCAGACGCCGAGGACUCCGACGGCAUGGAUGAAGAAGCUGAUGAAAUCGAUGAAGAUGACGAUGAGGACGAUGAAUACGAGGGUGAUUCCACUCCGAAGUUACAUUCAAGAAGCACGAGUCCUCAGCCAUGUGGAGUUACCUCUCUGUCAGUUACAGCCACUGCUGCCAUCCACGGCUGCUCCCUCGCAUCUCUGCCCGGAGUCGAUGUCAAUCAGCAACCCUCCGGCAGACGUACGAGCUUGGAUCAUCGUCCUGUUCUUGCAAACGACCAGAGAGAGAAAUCCGUGGAUGAAGACUCUCUGACCAUGCUGUCUCCAGAUCACAGCAGCUUCCUUUUUGACCCUUAUUCAUCUUGUCUACUCUCUCCUGGCUGGGAGUCUCCCAUCAGGGAGCCGUCCCCUUCACGUCUACGUUACCCGUCCCCAAGGAGGGAGCUUUCGCCACGUGGUCGCUCCUCACCUAGAUGGGAUACCUCUCCACUGAGGCCUGGUUCACCUAGCUUCACACCCAUCCAGCAUCCCUCCCCGGUCUCAAUUGAACGGCCCAUGUCUCCCGGCAUAGAGCUUGCUGGAAAGCGGGAAUCCUCAGUCAGAGGCAGGCAGAGGGUUGUGUUAAGAGCCGUUUCACCACGCAGAGGUUCACACCAACAUAAAGGCAGCGGUGACAAAACCAGACACCAAGCAAAGAUGGAGAUGGCUCAGCACCAAGGAGCCUUUGAAAUGGAGAUGGAUCAAAGGAGCAGCUUGGCUUCCAGUCUGCCUGGUGCUGCCAGUUCUCAUCAUCAGAACAUCCUCAGCCACCUCCCUCUUCACUCCCAGCAGCAGGCCCACAGUUUGCUCCCCGUUGUUCCUGUUGGCGGGCUCCAGAUAUUACACUCCCCGCCUUCCUCCAGCACUGAUGUCAGCCCCUCUGUGGCGCCAAGCCCCCAAAGCAGCGAAGGCCAAUGUUGCAGCAGCAGGGAGGGAUCUGUCCUCAGUCCUGAGACAGAAGGAGAGGACAUCAGAGGCCACGGCCAGCUGUCCUGCCACGAGGCCGCUCAGGAGAAAAGCCUCGACCCUGAAGUUGGAGACAGCAGACAAGAGGAGAAUGUACAGACCUGCUUGAAAGCCAUCGCCUCGCUAAAGAUUACCACAGAAGACCCUCAUUAGAACCGCCAUUGUCUGUUUUCUCGGGUUGAUCAAGGAAAAGACACCUCCUUGCUACACCUGCGACCUUGUCACCUUCUGCCCUUUAGGCACAUGACCUCAUCUUUAUCCCAUUAGAGGCAAUAUAGUAACACUUCCUCUGGUCUUGCACAUACCCGAGACAUCUUCUUAAUUGGAUAAUAUGAGUGGAGGUCAUAUCUUUUCAGUGGAGAAGAAAGCCACCGCAUCUGAUGAGCUCUACUCUUCAGAUGCUUUUUUGAAAACUUGGACGAGCAGCAGCGUGUUUUGCAAGGUGGAGAAUCAUUAAUGGGUUCAGGUGCAAUAUGGAAAGAUAUUCUGCUAAUAUGCCUUUGUCUGACAUAGUAGUUUGCGUACAAUUGCACAUAAAUUAUAUUUAUGAAUUCUGUACAAAUGUCCUUAACAUAUACUCCUUCUUAGAUACAUACAAACAGUGUAUUUUACUGUGUGUACUUUGAAAAUAGACUGUUGUUUAUGUAAUCAUAUCAAGGUGUGAUGCAGUAGUGCAGUAAAUAAAGACUAUUUAUAAGGGGAAAAGUAUGUGUAUUAUGAAACAGUCUGACCAAAUUUUAAGUAGAUGCUUCUUGUGCAGUUUGGUGCUUCUGAUCAAGCAGCGAGGGUCUGUGCCUUUAUUUUGCGUUUCUUCAUUUCUUUAUCAGAGCGAGAACUACGGAAAGCGGUCGAGGUACUCUUUAUUUUGCUCAGAGGACAGCUUUUUCUUUCUUGCCCCGUCGGCUCUGUUGACAGACGGACGCAGCUUUAUUUAUGUGAAACAAGCUUAAAAGAAACAAAAAAAAGUUUCCUAUGUUGCAAAUUUUCUUAAUGUUGUGGUUUUUAUCUUGGUAAAAAUGCAUGGGAUUUGCUAUUGCACAACAAUAGAGGAGGUAAUUAUGUAAUUAUGAAUACUGUAAGAUGUAUUUAUAUAUUAGAACGUAAGCACUUAUUGAUACUGGUAAAUAUUUGACUACUAUUUAUAUGGUAUAUCUGUACUUAUGCAGCAGUGAUGCAGUUAUGCAGUGAGCUACGCUGGCAUUGCUUUUGAUCUCAUGUCGUCUACAGUUUUUUUUCUUGCUUAUACAGAUGACCAUGAGCAUUUUAUGAGUUUUCAAGAUGCACUUUCAUCCUUUUACCUUUGAUGUUUUAACUGACUCGGUCAGUGGAGGAAAUGGGGGAGUAAAACACAGUUUGUUCUCUUGUGAUUUUUGACACAUUCCAGUUGUUUUUUUCUUUUCUCAUUGUGUAAAACACGUUGCACACGAAUCCAAGGGGCUACAAUGAUCAGUCAAUAGUACAUUUUCUUGCAUUUCAAGUGUAACUGGAUGAAUCAAUAUAAGUAAUGACGUUAAAAGCAUGACUAUUACUGUGCUUCAGCUCACAAUGUAAGUAAUCAUUCACCAAAUGCAUUACUUCUUCUCUGUAUAUAUAUAUAUGUGUAUUUUUAUGAUUUAAACUAUUUUUGCAGUGUUGAAUUCUGAAAACUUUUUAUGUGGAUUGUUUAUAUCUCUUUAAGAGGUAAAAUGUCUGCAGCUGAUGUAAUGGCAGAGAUUUAAUGAGGCUGAUUGCUAACACAGCGUGUCUCAUCUUUUUAAAAAAAAUGUACUCACAUCUUUAAGUGAUUAUCCGUUUUUGAGAUUUCAAAAUUUAAAAACACAACAACACUUUGUUCACUCAUGUUUACAUAAAAGAUUUAUAGGUGCACUGCUUUAAUUUUGUGUUUUCCUUUCUGAAGGUGUAUGUAGCUUUGAUUUCAUGGUUGUGUAUUUUCAUUUGUUGUGCAGAUAGCUCAUAAAAUGUGAAGGGAAAGUGAAGCCUUUUAUUUGCUUUUGCAUACAUUAUGUAUUCAGAUUGUGUUUGUGUUUUUUUAAAAUUGUGUAUUCAUAUAUACUGAACUGCAUUGUGCCUCUCAUGUCUAUGGAAAUCCUGUAAAACACACAGAGGACAAAUCAUUUUACCUCUAAGCUAAGAUUUUUUCGAGGGGGGAAAAAACAACCUCAGUAGCCAAUCUGUUGUUUAGCUAUUUGCAUCAAAUCUGGCUAGUCAGGACGGAGUGCCUCUUUUAUGCUAUGAGGAAUUUAUUGUUUGGUGCUCUACUUUUUCAGAUUAAAUUCAAAAUUGUUUUAAAAGAAUAUAAUUCUAACCCAAAAAUGUGUG